UUAAAGCAGUAUUAUCUAAAUGUAUAAUUAUAGGUUCGAUUUUGUCGCAGUCAAAGUUAAAUAAAGAUUUAUAUUUAUCAAUGUUGUCGGACGAGUCGCUAAAAAUUAAUUACAACGUUUUUUGGAAGUUCGCGUGCAACAGUUCGAACACUCUACUCGCGAUACUAUAUAGCUUAAAUCAUUUUGGCGAUUAUGACAAAUUAUUGUAUAUUGCGGGUGAGAUAGUGGAAAUGCGCGAGGCACUUAACCACGAGGAGGAGGAUGCGGGAGGUCAUAUAAAAUUCCUGUUAUUAAACCAUCGAAGAAACUUAACUGCAAUGGAGAGAGAUCGCGGCCAGAAUGAAGAAAUGCCUCCUGUAGAACAAGGGUCACAACUUCGUAAUAACGAGAAAAUAACUGUGGAAGAAGAAAUUGUCUCAAAAGACAGAAAUAACAACAACAACAUCAACAGAAAAAAAAUAUAUCAAACAAGAGCUAGUCAAAAGCAAAUAGAGGCUCUAGUAACUUAUUUGGAGCAACAUCCAAAUCUUACAUCGGAUACAUUGUCCAUUUUAAAUGGUCAUGAAAAAUUGCAAAGUGAUUGGGAAAAACUAGCCAGAUAUUUAAAUGAAUCAGUGUCAAAUAAGACAAAAAAAGAUGUAAAAUCCUGGCAAAAAACAUGGCGGAAUAAAAAAUGUAAAGUAUUAAAAAAGAAGCAGGAAAUAGCAAAAGCAAUCAAAGAGAAUAAUGCUAUUGAGAUAAACUUAACAGAAAUAGAUAAAAGAAUUUUAAAAAUAAUUGGAUGUCAUAAAUAUGUGGACCUCACGAAUGUUCCUCAUAGUUUUCCCAAAAAACAGAAUAUAAGUAAAAAAAUUGCUAUUGAACAAUUAAGAGCUGAAAAUGUCCGAGAAUCUUUUGAAAUAGCAAACAAGAAUACUAUGAAGAUACAAGUUGAAAUAAAAAUUGUUAAAGAAGUAUAGCUUCUCGAACAAACAACGCUAUGAUAGAAUAUAAAUUGAUACGACCAGAAAUGAAGAAGGGUAAACCUUCUAUAAUGCUCUGUAUAAAAAGACCAUAACAACUCGAUUGCUCCAAUAUCGAUCUGUUCUGGCUCAAAAAUUUUAAACUUCUCUCAAAAAAAGAAAUAUCGUAUGCACCGUUUAUUUUAAAAUAAUGAUGGCAUCAAUUUACAACUAAUGAGUUAGCCAAAGAUAAUAGCAUUUAUUACGAAGAAACAGAGGUACCCGAUUGACCUGCCUACUCGGCCUACCCUAUUUUCUUCUAUUAAUUCUUUUAUUAUUA